AGCCCCCGCGGCGGCAGGCUUUCUUGCGGAGUGUGAGUGUGCCAGCUGAGACGGCGCGCGUCCCAUCACCCCGCCAUGAGCCUCGACGGCCGGUGUUACAGCGCCAGACGUCUAUCACACAGACCAUCCGCAGGUACCUCAUGCCGGUCUCGAGUUUGUCGGCGUUUUCUGGCACGUGCAUGUUAUGUAGCCUCUCGGAGCUGUUGGAGUGCUUGACUUGACAUUCCCUGACUGUUCGAGGCAGGGGCUGGCUGUGUUUUUAUUUGCAUGUCCAAAGACCAUGACUACCCUAUAGCUCCUGCUGCUGAGUUCUGUAGUGCCUGGUGGGGUGGUGGCUGCUUGAGGCCAAGGUCUCCCUCUGGGCUCAGGACUGGGUGAGGGCCUAUGGGAACCUUCUGCUGACAGGCAUGCAGAAUGCUUUAGUGGGAACGGGGCGGGGGGGGGGUGGCCAGGGUUGGAACACUCUUGUCCUUAUAAUUAGAUGUUGUCAACUAGACCCAGUCCUCGGAAUGACUGGAGACCUACCCACGGGCUUAGCCUUUGAGGCUCCCUGUCUGGGGUAGGGGGACAGGAGAUAUGGCUUCCCCUUGCUGAGUCCUUCCCAUGCUAGGGGGACAGCAGACUGGUUUGGAGUGAGCAAGGACAGUGACAGCACCCAGAAGUGGCAGCGCAAGAGCAUCCGACACUGCAGCCAGCGGUAUGGGAAGCUGAAGCCUCAGGUCAUUCGGGAGCUGGACCUACCCAGCCAGGACAACGUGUCGCUGACCAGCACUGAGACGCCACCUCCGCUCUAUGUGGGGACAUGCCAGCUGGGCAUGCAGAAGAUCAUAGACCCUCUGGCCCGUGGCCGGGCCUUCCGCAUGGCUGACGACACUGCUGAUGGCCUGAGUGCUCCCCAUACUCCUGUCACACCCGGUGCCGCCUCCCUCUGCUCCUUCUCCAGCUCCCGCUCAGGCUUUAAUCGGCUCCCUAGGCGGCGCAAACGUGAAUCAGUGGCCAAGAUGAGCUUCCGGGCCGCUGCAGCACUGGUGAAGGGUCGAUCUAUUAGGGAUGGCACUUUACGAAGGGGACAGCGUCGAAGCUUUACUCCUGCCAGCUUCCUGGAGGAAGACAUGGUGGACUUCCCUGAUGAGUUGGAUACAUCUUUCUUCGCCCGGGAAGGUGUCCUACAUGAGGAGCUGUCCACAUACCCAGAUGAGGUGUUUGAGUCCCCAUCAGAGGCAGCACUCAAGGACUGGGAGAAAGCCCCAGAGCAGGCCGACCUCACGGGUGGGGCCCUGGACCGCAGUGAGCUUGAGCGAAGCCACUUGAUGCUGCCCCUGGAGCGAGGCUGGCGGAAGCAGAAGGAGGGCAGCAUGUUAGCCCCUCAGCCCAAGGUGCGGCUUCGCCAGGAGGUGGUCAGUGCGGCUGGACCCAGGAGGGGUCAGCGCAUCGCUGUGCCAGUACGCAAGCUCUUCGCCCGGGAAAAGCGACCCUAUGGUUUGGGGAUGGUGGGAAGGCUCACCAACCGCACCUACCGGAAACGUAUUGACAGCUAUGUCAAGCGGCAGAUCGAGGACAUGGAUGACCACAGGCCUUUCUUCACUUACUGGCUCACCUUCGUGCACUCGCUGGUCACCAUUCUGGCUGUGUGUAUCUAUGGUAUUGCGCCUGUGGGCUUCUCGCAGCAUGAGACGGUGGACUCGGUACUUCGGAAGCGUGGUGUCUAUGAGAAUGUCAAAUACGUUCAGCAAGAGAACUUCUGGAUCGGCCCCAGCUCGGAGGCCCUCAUCCACCUGGGUGCCAAGUUUUCACCCUGUAUGCGCCAGGACCCACAGGUGCACAGCUUCAUCCUUGCUGCCCGGGAGCGUGAAAAGCACUCAGCUUGCUGUGUACGCAAUGACCGGUCUGGCUGUGUGCAGACUUCAAAGGAGGAGUGCUCGUCUACGUUGGCAGUAUGGGUGAAGUGGCCCACUCAUCCCAGUGCCCCAGACCUUGCAGGCAACAAGAGGCAGUUUGGUUCUGUCUGCCAUCAGGACCCCAGGGUAUGUGACGAGCCUUCCUCUGAGGACCCUCAUGAGUGGCCAGAAGAUAUCACCAAGUGGCCGAUCUGCACCAAAAACAGUGCUGGGAACCACACUAACCACCCUCAUAUGGACUGUGUCAUCACAGGCCGGCCCUGCUGCAUCGGCACCAAAGGCAGGUGUGAGAUCACUUCCCGGGAGUACUGUGACUUCAUGAGGGGCUACUUCCAUGAGGAGGCCACACUCUGCUCUCAGGUGCAUUGCAUGGACGACGUCUGUGGUCUCCUGCCUUUCCUCAAUCCUGAGGUGCCUGACCAGUUCUACCGCCUGUGGCUGUCCCUCUUCCUGCACGCUGGGAUCCUGCAUUGUUUGGUAUCCGUCUGCUUCCAGAUGACAGUCCUGCGGGACCUGGAGAAGCUGGCAGGCUGGCACCGCAUAGCCAUCAUUUACCUGCUGAGUGGUGUCACGGGCAACCUAGCCAGUGCCAUCUUCCUGCCAUACCGGGCAGAGGUAGGUCCGGCCGGCUCACAGUUUGGUAUCUUGGCCUGCCUCUUUGUGGAGCUGUUCCAGAGCUGGCAGAUCCUGGCUCGACCCUGGCGUGCCUUCUUCAAGCUCUUGGCCGUGGUGCUCUUCCUCUUUGCCUUUGGCCUGCUGCCCUGGAUCGACAACUUCGCCCACAUCUCAGGGUUCAUCAGCGGCCUCUUCCUUUCCUUUGCCUUCUUGCCUUACAUCAGCUUUGGCAAGUUUGACCUGUACCGCAAGCGUUGCCAGAUCAUCAUCUUCCAGGCAGUCUUCCUGGGCCUGCUGGCUGGCCUGGUGGUACUCUUCUACGUUUACCCAGUCCGCUGUGAAUGGUGCGAGUUUCUCACCUGCAUCCCUUUCACCGACAAGUUCUGUGAGAAGUACGAACUGGAUGCUCAGCUCCACUGAAGCAGCCGCGGGCACCCACAACACCCAGCUCCUGGGGCUGAGGAGACGGUGCUCCCGAACACGGACCUCUGUGCCUUGCUCUCUCCCGUUGAGCCCUUCUGCUGCUGGGCACUUAUUACAUGAGUUCCCAUGAUAACCUUCUAGCUAGUCCCCCGACGACCACUUCAUGUGGCCAAUAAAUGGACUGGGAGCGUUUUAGCUGCCACUAACUUGA